UUUAUGAUCACUUUUUGAAAGUUUUAUGCGUUGUUUUAGUGAUGUUUUCAGUUUAUAAUAACGCAAAUAUACAAUAAAUUAAUAUGAAAAAUACAAAAGCGAUAUUUAAUAAGGAAUUGGUGAUACGAAUACCGUUUAACGACUUCACCAAUACUCCACAAGGAAAAAAUGCGUCAGUCAAAACGGGAUUGCAGAGGAAAAAAACGGCACAACAAGCGAUUGGAAAUUCAGGAAAAGUGCUUCAAGUGUUCGUUGAGAGAGCGAAUUUCACUAAACAAAUGGAGGUUAAUAAACGAAGAACGCCUGUAGUGAAAAGGCUUAGGAAAAGAAAUUCGAACGUACAUUACGAAGAGAGGGAAUCGAGUUACGAAGGAACUCCCUUGAAAGUGACGAAAACAAAUACCAAACUGCCUAUUUAUAAACAAAUUAAAAUAGCAGAAUCUAAAGAAAACUUGAAAGAUCCCUAUGCACUUGAUGUAUUCAACGAAAAACCUAAAAAACAUCCCAAACAAUCGACCUACUAUGAUAGAAGUAUGCACGAAGAAUUAGCUAGAAUAGAAAAAAGGGAGAAGGAGAAGAAACAUAAGAAAAAGAAAGAGCCAGUGAAAGGAUACCAGAAUACAGUAAACAACAUCGUUAAAGAAGUUAUGGAAAGAGUUAAGAAAAAUCAAAAUCAAAAUUCAAAUCUUAGCCCAGUUAAGAAUAACGAAGUAAAAAAAUCUAGCAGCCUACUGGAUAACGAGUUGAAUUUGAGUAAAAGCGAAAAGAACGAAAAGAAAGGAUAUGAUGCUAUAGUAAAUUCAACCAUCAAAGAUAUAAUGGAGAAAGUGAAGAAUCGUAAAACAAAUACAACGAAUAAUUCAAUCAAUAAACAAAACGAUAGUGUUAUUUGUAAAGAAUGCAAAUCAAGUGGGCAUCAUGAUGAUAAUACUGAUGACAAUUUGGAAUCUGAUGAAGAAUUAAAGGGAUUUGUAACAAUCGAUUCAUUCGGAUUAAACACAUUCGACACUUCUAAUCAAUCCCAUGAUAAUUUAUCAGGUUUUGAUAAACACAAUUCCAGUCUCCCUAAAGCAAUAAGUACACCAAGGAUAAAUAUACUGAGCAAUGUUUGUAUAACAAACCGAAGAAUGGAGAAUGUUUUAUACGAUGCCAAUAACACCAUCGAGUUGGAGUUUUUAGAUAAAUCUCAUUGUACCCUUAAUACUACUCAAUAUACUGAUGAUACAUGUGAAUCUGACAGUGAUGAUUCUGAAGAUGAUCCUUAUUUCGGAUUUAAGGAAAUGUCUACUGACACACCGGAAAAACCCAAAAGAAAAAGGACAAUAUUUGAUGAAACAACAUUGCCUUGUCGAUUCGGAGGAAAUUUCACACGAAAUCCCCAUUGGCUGAGAAUAAAAUCAAACGGAUUACCCGCGGUAGAUCAAGAAAUGAUUAUUGAUGAAGAAUUUGCAAAAAGAAUUGAAGGAGCCUUUUCGAAUAAUUCGAAACCUGAACAAAUACCCGAGAAACAUCUCGUACAAACUUCAAUGAACGAUUUCUUGGAAAACAAAGAGAAUAAUUUAUUAGAUACAUCGAAAUCUUCAAAACGAUUGAGUUUGUUUGAUUGUGAUGAUUUCGAUUUAACCAAAUCCCCUAAAAUACAUCACAAGAAACAUGUUUUAAAGGAAUGUUCUCAAGUUUGUUCCACGCCGAAGGAGAAUCUUCGAUCGAGAGUAAUUCCAUCACCUCAUGUAUCCUUUAUAUCUUCGAGUAAUGAAGAUGAAAAUAAUGUAAAUGUGGAGUUGGAGGAAGAUUUGCAUUUGUUCGAAGAAGUCGAUGCCGAUAAGAAGACAGAUUUCUCUAUUAAAAUUCCGAUCAUGACUUAUGCGAAGAAACCUAAGAAAAAGCGGGCCGUGGAAGAUGAGGAAUAUACGGAAAAACCGGCGAGUCCGAUUAAAAAGAAAAAGAAAAAUGCUAUGACAAAAGCUGAGGAAGCCGCAUUCGAGAAGUGGGCCGAGGAAACAAAUGCCGCAUUUUCAGAGGUUGAUAAAUUCGAAUUGACCAUUUUAUAAGUUUUGCUUUAUUUUUAUUGGAGUUUAUUUUUUUACGUGCCACCUUAUUACAGAAUGGCAAAUUUGUACUUGCAUUUUUGCAUGUAAAUAUUUUCUUACAUUUGAUAACAUGAAUAUAACUUUUAUUUUUAUAUAUAUUAUAGUUGAUCUGAUGAUUUAAUACAAAUUACACAUAUA